AUGGCAAUCACAGCGGAUGGAGCGCAAGCGGCCCAACAACACCAGAUUACAAUAUCAUCAUCCUGGGGCCCUUCAUAUCCACAGAAUCGGACCAGAGGCUUCAAAAACCCCAGUGUUCUUUGCUACCGGAAUGCCGUCCUCACGUUGCUGCUCCAUACUCCCCUUUUGCUGAACUGGAUAGAAGAAGCGCAUAAAAACACCCACGACUGCGACCCGAGGAACAUAAACUUGAUAUGCGCCCUGAGUCAUCUUGUUUCAUUUUACUGGUUCACCAAUGGGGAAACACAAUCACACGAAUCCUGCAUGGAGUUGGUGUGGAGCAGGCUCCGAGCCACUUCAUGGAGCGAUGUGAACGUGAACGGGCAGCAAGAUGCUCGCGAGUUCCUGGAAGCAUUCUUCAAGCAACUCAAACAGGACGCUGUUGCUCAAAGGCACUGGGAGCUGCAGCGAUUAUUCCAGAUCAGAUCCAACAAGCACCUUGACUGUAAAACAUGCGGUACCAGAGCACCCCUACAGCCAGAUCAGCAGUUCUUUCUCGUCGCUUCAUUCCCAGAGGUCGUCAAUCAAUCACAGUCUUACGAAGUCGCCCACGCAAUCAGCCAUAACCUAGAAGAAUCAUCAGUUAUGUGGACCUGCAGUAGCUGCGGCUGCUCUACUGAUCACUCACUUUGUGAGAGGAUAGAAUCUCUCCCGGAGGUCCUUUUCAUCCAAGUGAAUCGGUUUGGUUACAAAGCCAAGUUAUUAGGGAAUCUCAAGGUGGAAGACCAACUGGUAAUUCCCGAUGCACUCCGUGACCCUAAUUCCCUCGAUAAGGCAGAGGCCCGCUACGAGCUCUAUUCCAUCAUCUUUCAUAAGGGCCCCUCUGUAAAUACAGGCCAUUAUGUCUGCGCAGUCAAGAGCAUUCGCAAUGAUUGGAGACUUGUCGACGACGGCGAUGUGAAGGAUGGACUGGCAUUAGAUGAGAUUCUGGGAAGAAAAAAAUACAACAACCAAACCUAUAUACUGGCCUAUCGGCGUCUCCCUUUGGACGGAGUACCUACGCGAGCCAGAAACUACACCAUCAAGGCACUAGCCCCGUCGACUUUACUCUUUAAGCGAGGGAGUCCUGCUGCCUCUCCUCCCUUAACCAGUACCAUACCGCGCUCUAGGGAGCCAGCCAACAACGGCUCCCCUGAUGUAAUCAUGGAGGAAAGCAUCCAUCUCCGCGAUGGGGUGGAGUGGAAAGUCACACACAAUCUGAUGUUUCCUGAUGGCGUCGACCAUCUCAUUGAACUGAAACCCAGAGCAAGACUUCAGCAUGCUAAAGUUCAUCUUACUUUCACAUCGCCCGCGACGGGGGAAGUCCUCGAGGGGGAAGUCAGUAUACCUCUUGCUCCGAAGAAAAAAAGUACGACGACAACGAAAACGAGCAUUACAACUAUACGGAGAACAAGGGGGCGUCCACCAAAGUCAAAGAAGGCACCCAAACCCAAGCGUCAUAAGAAAAAGACACUAGGCACCACUGCACCUCAAGCAGGGGCUUCAAAUUCUAAUGAGGAUAGCGUAUCGGUGCCCGCACCUGAUGGUGGCAAGCAACCUCCCAACACUAUUGUAAAGAAAGAGUGA